AUGGUGCUAUGGUGCUCGGAGCUCACCAACCGGGCACCCCUGGCCGUCUUCCAACCGCGGCGGGGGGGUCCCCCGGGCGCUCAACUCCUGCUGAAAACGGUUGCGAUCGCCCCCCCGAACGUCAACGCGCUGCUGAGCUCGCAGCACGGGCGACCUUUCGUGGGGGGAACUGUGCUGGGCGAGAGCAGCUUUUUUCUGGAGGUCUGCCCCCCCGGAAGCGGAAAGUUUUACACGGUGUGUUACCUGGGGGGAACGGAGGUAGGGGUCAGGUUAGACUUGGUUUGUGAACCAGGGACCAAGUUUCGGCUGGGAGUGCCUAGUGAAAAGUACCGGGGAAAGGGAGAAAACCUGCUUUGA